CGGAGUUUGAAAUUGCACCUUGUACCUCAUCCGCUAUGCGAUACGCUGUUCUCGUCACUGGUCCUGCUGGUGCGGGCAAGUCCACAUUCUCGACUGCUUUUGCUACCCAUCUUCGUGUCUCAAAACGCACAGCCCAUAUCGUGAACCUUGAUCCCGCUGCAACUGGUGAUGCUUUCGAGUAUCAACCUGCCAUUGACAUCCGGGAGCUUGUGACGCUAGACGAUGUCAUGGGCGAAAUGAACAUGGGUCCUAAUGGCGGUCUUGUGUAUUGCUUUGAGUACUUGUUGCAAAAUAUGGAUUGGCUUGAGGAGGAACUCGGCGGUUACGACGACGACUACUUGAUAAUCGACUGUCCAGGCCAAAUCGAGCUGUACACACAUCAUCCGUUCCUCCCGCAACUCGUGCGGAACUUGCAGCGAAUGGGCAUACGGACUUGUGCUGUGUACCUUUUGGAAUCCCAAUUCAUGGAAGAUCGAUACAAAUUCUUCAGCGGUGUGCUGUCCGCAAUGUCCGCGAUGGUUAAUCUUGAAGUACCCUGGAUAAACAUCAUGUCUAAAAUGGAUCUCGUUUCUGGAUCGUCAUCGUCGGAUACGUUUGAACCAAGAAACGGAAAACGUGGAAAACGUGAUAUCGCUCGGUAUCUUGACCCAGACCCAAUGCUACUUGUUGCUGCGAGGGAUGGGAGAGAUCAACAACGCGACAACAGCAGGUUCCAUGACCUUAACCGGGCCAUCGUACAACUAAUCGAGGACCACCCUUUAGUGUCCUUCUUGCCGCUGGAUCUAACGUCUACGGAUUCACUUGAGACAGUCGUCAGCCAUAUUGAUUUUACUAUGCAAUAUGGUGAAGAUGAAGAACCAAAAGAGCCACAUGAUCUAGACGAAGGCGACUUUGCUGAUAUGGAAUAGGAGUGUACAUUGCUACCCAAAUAACGCAUCCUGUGUUGAUACACGAUGCGUCCCAGAUUUCUGGAUAGCGACCUCAUGGUGAUCAAAGUGUCUGCCAUCUCGCCACACCAGGGGUUCGUCUGGGUAUACUGAACAAAAACAAAAUUUCUCGCGCCAGAACUUAAAAAUAAUAUCACGCCUCUAUGUCUAAGCCAAUCACCGGCAUUUGAUUUCGACAUUCAACGGAACCGUAUCAAUUGGACCAGGAAACUUCAUAUUACAACUAUCUUGCGUACUCAGGGAGGGAUU